CCUGACUGCUUUAUACUGGAUAUCUCAACAAACAGCCUGUCUUUAGAUCUGGUCACGAAAUAUGUUGGGGGAAAAAAAUAGCUCAGCUUCAAAAAGGUCAUCUCAAUAAUUCAUAUUUUUUUGAAGGAGGCUUCUGAUGCAAAAAUUAUGGGAUUUUCAUUUUUUAAAAAAUAUUUUUGGUAACUUUUCAGGCAAAUGCUGUAUUAAUACUAUGUUGGGCAUUGUUGGAAACAGGAUUUUUGUAGGGUUCAUUUCCAGGGUUGAUUGCUUAUGUAGCCCCAUAACAGUACAGAUCAUGAAUAAUAUUCAAAGAAUUUUAUGAAUAGUCAUUUAUUAAGAAUGACUUUGUUUAUAUUCCAUUAAUAUUCAGGUUGAGGUCAAUAUUCCGGUUUCUGAAACAUUUGGAAUAACCCGUUUACAUGCCUAAACAGAGUUACUCCUGUUUACAUGAUCAGCGUAAUCAAUUGGAAUAUUCCCAUCCAAACUGGGACGCACAGACAACGUCAUGACCUUCUUGUAGAUGUCGGUAUCUCGAUACUUUCUGCCGUCAAUGAAAGACAUUAUAUUCAUGUCUUUCAGAAUGCUAAUAAAGUAGUCCGUUUCCUCCUCGGUCCAAAAGUGUGGCGCUGUGCUACUGCGUGUGGGUUUCGCCAUGUCUGUUUACCUCUCCUUGUGUAUUUCCGGUGGGUCGUGCGCCAGACGCGGCAUACAAGUAGUUGCCUUACUCUAAAGACCAAGAUUCCUUUCGGAUGAAACAUGCGCAGAACGCAAAUUAAUGUUUCUUUCUAUGGGGAUAUUCUGAUGCGCGUUUAUAUUACGAGAUAUUCGGGUUAGAAAAGGAGUAACCCAGGAGUCUUAUUCGGGUUUUUAAAAAACGGAGUAUGAGCAUAUUCGGGUUUUUGCGGGUGUUUACAUGGCCGUAAGCAACAGGGUUAUUGCUAAUAUUCCGGUUAUGAAAGGGUUAUUGACUGCAUAUAAACGUAGUCAAUGUCUGGAUUGGGAUAUAAUUGUAUUUUUUUAAAAAAUACUUGAUUGGAUCUUAGUCCCAGUGUUGCCUGAUCCAUGUCAAAAUCAUUCUCUAUUCUGAAUGGCAACAAUCACACUCAGAUGAAACACGUUCAGAAGUUAGAUCUACUGUGGAACAUCAUAGACAUGUUAUUUCUAGUGGUAGUUUUAUAUGUGAACACAAUCUUAGGAGCUUCAGUGGACAUCAACUGGACUUCUCUUUUAGGUUGAUGAAGGCAUUUCAUCUCUAGAGGCUUAUGUAGUUCUGACUGACUGAUCAGGAGUUUCAUCAUUUAAAAGUCAUUCCAGCUCACAUGGCUGGAAUGUCCUUGUCCAUUCAUGACAAGGACUCGCACGCUUCAAAGUGUGAAUUGUUGUGAAACCAGGUGGUAGAACAGCAAUGACGGCAAUCUUGGUGGAACUGCCAGUUUACACAACAAAGGACAUGAAUCUGAAAUGUUGGGAGUGGCUUAAGACGUUAAUGAUCGCGAAUCUUUCUAGGAAACGACCUUAUCACUAUGGUGAAAGUGGUGCUGCAGCCCCACUCUUCUGCUUAGAGAUAGUUGUUCCCCACAUGGAUUCCUUCACUGCUCUUUAAAACCAUUUGUCCUCUGUCCAGAUGUGUACUUUACUGUCUUCAAAGGAGUGUCCCUUAUCCUUCAGAUACAAGUUGAUGCUGAGUCUUGUCCUGAGGAACUGUUUCUCAUUUGUUGAGCCAAGCAAUUAUGAAAUGUUGUUUAGUCUCCUCUAUACAAGUACAAGUCUGUGCACACUGGACCCAGUGGACUGUAACAUAUGCAACAUUGAACAGCUUGUGCAGUCGUCCUCAGAAUUAUUCAUUCUCCAUGGAAAAUAACAAUCUUUGUUAGAUACUUCAUUUGCAAAAGCUAUUGUGUUGGUACUUCCUGUGUAUCUUUUGUCUACUUGUUGCUAUGCAAAAUUCACUUAUGAGUUGGCGAAACUUCAUUUGCAGAAUAUUAGAUAUGGCCAGAAGUGAUUUUUGCUCAUGUUCAGAAUUAUUCAUACAUGACAACAUCUCAACAAAAAGGUCCCAGAUGUGUUCAUCUUUGUCCUAUAGUUAUUAGUUGUUAUCAGCUGUUUGAUGCUACAAUGGAAUAAAUACCUUUUUUGUUGGCCAAAUGUUAAUUUUUUUUAAAAGGCAUCUUUCUAGAAGAAUAUAAAUAGAGGAAAACCAUUCUGGCCAUUCUCAAUUUCUCAUCAUCAUAAAUGGUUGUAUUUAUAUAGCGCUUUUAUCCAAAGCGCUUUACAUCAUACAUCACAUUCACCCAUGCACACACUGAUGGCGGAAGCUGCCAUGCAAGGUGCUAACCACGACCCACCAGGAGCAAUUAGGGGUUCAGUGUCUUGCUCAGGGACACCUCGACAUGAGCUCGACAGGCCAAGGAUCAAACCGGCAAUCUUCCAGUUACAAGACGGUCACUCUACCCACUGAGCCAUGCCGCCCCAUCAUGGCCAAGAAGAAGGAACUCAUCAUUUAACUCAACUCCCCACCAGUCAAUUAGAACGUUUAGAAGACUCUUAGAUGAAGGUGAAACUCUUCAAGAACCUAAAAGAGAAGUCCAGUUGCUUUCUACUGAAGCUCCUGGAACUACAGUGAUCUGGACGACUGGGAAUCUACACAGACACGUGAACAUAGUUUAUAGAGUGAACACGUUUCAUCUUCAACCUCACCCAAUUAUGUAGAAUUGAAAGACAGACAAAACAGGCUUAAAAUCUUGCUUGAUUCAUUUAUUCUGUAGAUAUCUUCAUGUUGUAGACGUUGUAAUAAUCACCAAACAAUACAUAAGGCAUUUUACUUACAUCAGUUUUGACAUACCGAGUCCAGUAACAUAAAGAGAUGAGCAUGAACCAUAGACUGUAAAAUAAAGAUAUUAUAUGAUAUCUAUUUUAUGUUAGCAUACAAGAAGAGGUUUACAUCUUUAUUGUCCAGUCUAUUUAAGGAGUUUAUUACUCACGUUAUGUUUUCAUUGCCAUAAAUUAAUACAUAGAGAAAGAACAUUUCAGAAAAACAACAAUAAAAUCAAUUGACAUCCAGUUGGAAAUGUGUAAUUUUCGAGGAACCCCUGAACGUCGCACAGACAUCUACUUCCCACUUGUUGCUUACGUCACGCUCUACUUCACUUACUUUAGGCAUUUUUAGCUAGCUUAAAGAUUACACCGUUUUGUUCCAAACUGAGACUUUACGCACUGAAAAUCCUAACUUGGUGAUUUAGAGUUAACUCAACAAAAAGUAAUUAUUUUCCGACGCUGGUGUUGUGAAACUCGUGCAGGAACUUCAGCCAAUCGGCGGCCGGUGCGGUUCUCCUCCCAUACCUGCCCCCCGGUCGGCAGUAUGGCCGCCGUCCUGCUGCACUAGGCUGGCGUGUGCAUAGGGCAUGUGUCGCUGUCUCAUGUAAGAUUACAGAUUUACAGCUGAAAACAUGUCUGCCGUGCUGUUCCUGAGGAGCUCCCUGAGCAGACUGCCGCCGAGGGCCGCUCGGCAGGUCGUUGGCUGCUGCUAUCAUACCGAGAAGGGCGUCUAUGGGUACCGACCCAAGCGGACCGACCGGGAGCAGAAGUUAGACAGAGACCGGAUCGCAGCGCUGAACCAAGAUCACGGUCUUGCCCGUCUGGUGGAGGCGUACAGAGCACAUGGACACAAGGCUGCUAAAAUUAACCCCUUACUACCACACACGCCUGUUGUUGACACCGUCCCGGAGAUCGAGCUGCUGACUGGCACCAUCACUGGACCACUGAACACUUCAGGUCUGCGCCACUUUGGAAAGGCCCAGGCCUCAGUGGAGGAGGUUCAAGCCUACCUGGAGGAGGCCUACUGUGGCCACCUGUCAGUGGAGACCAGCCAGCUGGUGAGUCUGGAGGAGAGGGAAUGGUUCGCUGACCGCUUUGAGGAGCUCAAAAGACAGAGUUUCUCAACAGAGGAGAGGAAGCAGCUGGCUAAGCUCAUGCUGGAGUCUCAGGAAUUUGACCACUUUCUGGCCACUAAGUUUUCUACUGUGAAGCGUUACGGAGGCGAAGGAGCAGAGAGCAUGAUGGGCUUCUUCUAUGAGCUCUUCCACCAGUCGGCCCACAGCGGAGUCACCGACAUCGUCAUUGGCAUGCCUCACCGAGGCCGACUCAACCUCCUGACAGGCCUGCUCAAGUUCCCUCCAGAGCUCAUGUUCCGUAAGAUGCGCGGCCUGAGCGAGUUCCCGGACACCUCGCCUGCCAUCGGCGACGUCCUCUCCCACCUCACCUCCUCGGUGGAGUUGGAUUUCGGAGCCGAACACCCUCUUCACGUCACCAUGCUGCCCAACCCGUCUCACCUCGAGGCCAUCAACCCCGUGGCUCAGGGCAAAACCAGAGCCAGGCAGCAGCUCAGGAAAGAAGGAGACUAUUCCCCUGAAGAAGACGCCCAGCCUGGAGACCAAGUCAUCUGUCUGCAGGUCCACGGUGACGGCUCCUUCACAGGCCAAGGGAUUGUUCCGGAAACGCUGACCCUUUCAAACCUUCCUCACUACAGAGUCGGUGGAAGCAUCCACCUCAUCGUGAACAACCAAGUGGGCUACACCACCCCAUCAGAGAGAGGGAGAUCCUCGUUGUACUGCAGUGACGUCGGUAAGAUGGUGAACUGUGCGGUGAUCCACGUGAACGGAGAUGAUGCGGAGGACGUGCUGCGAGCCUCUCGGCUGGUUGUGGAGUAUCAGCGGCGUUUCAGGAAAGACGUCAUCCUCGACCUGAUCUGCUACCGUCAGUGGGGUCACAACGAGCUGGACGAGCCCUUCUUCACCAACCCGGCCAUGUACAAGAUCAUCCGGUCCCGUAAGAGCGUCCCAGACUCCUACUCAGAUCAGCUGAUAUCAGAGGGUCUGAUGACUGACGCCGAGCGCGACGAGAUCAAAUCCAAACACUACGGCAUGCUCAACGACAAGCUGUCUAACAUGACGCUGUACAGCCCUCCGCCCACCAACCUGCAGGGCCGCUGGGGGGAUCUGGUGGAACCGCAGGCCAGAGUCAGCACCUGGGACACGGGAGUCGCUGUCCCUCUGCUGCAGUUUGUAGGAGCCAAAUCUGUGGACAUCCCCGAGCAAAUCCAGCUGCACAGCCACCUCGGAAAGACCCACGUACAGGCUCGGCUACAAAAGUUAGAAGAGGGAACCAAACUAGACUGGUCAACAGCAGAGGCCCUGGCGUUCGGCUCACUCCUCUGCCAAGGCUUCAACAUCCGAAUCAGCGGGCAGGACGUUGGAAGAGGCACCUUCAGCCAGCGCCAUGCCAUGGUGGUGUGUCAGGACACAAACGACAUGUACAUCCCUCUGAACCACAUCAGCCCUCAGCAGACAGCUUUCCUGGAGGUGUGUAACAGCCCGCUCUCUGAGGAGGCAGUGCUUGGAUUUGAGUAUGGUAUGAGCAUUGCACAGCCGAAGCUUCUGCCCAUCUGGGAGGCUCAGUUUGGAGACUUCUUCAACGGAGCACAGAUCAUCUUUGAUACCUUCAUCACAGGAGGUGAAGCCAAGUGGCUGCUGCAGUGUGGGAUGGUGAUCCUGCUGCCUCACGGAUACGAUGGAGCUGGACCCGAACACUCGUCCUGCCGUAUGGAGCGUUUCCUGCAGAUGAGCGACAGUAAAGAGGAGGGCGUGGACGGCGACUCCGUGAACAUGGGGAUCGUCAACCCCACCACUCCUGCUCAGUACUUCCACCUGCUGAGGAGGCAGAUGAUCCGAAACUUCCGCAAACCUCUCAUCGUGGUUGGACCCAAGACGCUGCUGAGAUUCUCUGGGGCGACGUCCAGUUUAACUGAACUGGCAGCAGGAACGUCGUUCAGGCCGGUGCUGGGUGAUACGUCUGUGUCAGGAGAAAGUGUCCAGAGGGUGGUGCUGUGCUCAGGGAAGCACUACUACGCCCUGCUGAAACAGAGGGAGACCUCGGCAGCCAACCAGAACACAGCGCUGGUCCGUGUGGAGGAGCUGUGUCCGUUUCCUCUGGACGCUCUGCAGCAGGAGCUCAAAAAAUACCCCAAUGCCAAAGAGUUUAUCUGGAGUCAGGAGGAGCCUCAGAACAUGGGCCCCUGGUCGUUUGUGGCCCCCAGGUUUGAGAAGCAGCUGGCCUGCAAGCUCCGGUUAGUGAGCCGAUCUGCCCUGCCUGCACCAGCGGUCGGCAUCGGGACCCUUCAUCACCAGCAGCAGGAGGCCAUUCUCACUGCUACCUUCUCCUAAGACCUACCAAGACUGGAAGCUAAAAUAUCUAAUAACACGACUCUACAGACUGUAUCUGCUGCAAAGGCUGCUGCACUGAUACACGGGACCUUUACACAAUGUCUUCAAAUAAUACAGAAACCAAAUCAAAGGAAUCGCUAGAGAGAAAGGCAAGGUGUCACUUUGUGUCUUUCAACACGCCUGUAUUCUUUAAUUGUUAAAGGCCUUAGAGACCAUGUUUACAAUGUGACUGUAGGAGCAACACACUAUCGUAUUUUUCAGGAUUGUGCGUGAUAUUGUGAACAUGUCAAGCCUGUACAAUGAACAAUGUAUUCAUCUCAUGCAUGUAGUUUGUGUGAGUUUUGUACUGUUGAGAAUAGAAAAUAACAGUAAAAAGUUUAAGAAAUCACUGAGCAUUAACCUUGAAGUAAGGAUGUAACACAGAGUGGCGGACAAACGUCACAUUUAAGGAGAUGAAGCCGUUUCUGAAAAAGCUGAGAAAGUUACCGUAGUCAUUUUGAAAUGUUGAUCCUACUCUGAAUUAGUGGCACUUCAUUGUCCAAAUUUAGACUGAGAUUGUUGUUAUUUAAUCCGUUUAAACUGACACUUGAAUUAAAAAUUGUGCAAAUAAAGGGCUGAUGUAAAUAAAUGAAAUCUGAAUAUUUUCAAAUAAAGAUAUUUUCAUGUUUGUGCA